AUGUCCGACCAAAACAUCUCUCUACAUUUGGACGAUUUCUACAAGGAACAGUUCAAUGACUCGAAUUUGACGAGUUACUUUGAUUUGGACCACGGCACAUUGUCCUGUGAGCCCAUUCCUCUGUCUGAGGCAGUGAACAUUUCUGUUUGUGCCUUUUAUAUUCUUCUCAUCCUGCUUGCCGUCCCUGGCAACCUCACCGUUGGCCUGGUCAUUCGACUGAGCAAACACAAGGUUCUGCCCUACGACGUGUACUUGUUCAACCUGAUGCUGGCAGACCUUCUCAUGGCCCUGACUCUACCCUUCUCUGCCGUAGCUGUGGUACGGGGCUGGCUCUUUGGCGACGUCGCGUGUAAGCUGGUCAGCGUGGUGAAGGAGGUGAACUUCUACAGUGGCAUUUUGUUCUUGGUGUGCAUCAGUGUGGAUCGGUAUAAGGCCGUUCUCCAUCCGAGGCAAACGCGACAGGCGGGGUGUAGCGUAGCCAUCUGCGUCGGGGUCUGGGCUUUGGCCCUCGUCCUGUCCCUUCCCGCAAUCUACAACGAGUCCUACCGACCCCUCGACGAAGGGCCAGAGGUGUGCACGGAACGCUUCCACCCGGACAGCGCAGACACGUGGCGGCUGGCCGUGCGUGUGAUGAGCCAUGUUUUCGGUUUUCUGCUCCCGUUGGUUAUCAUGCUGCUCUGUUACAGCAGGACAGCGCUGGGGCUUCAGCGCACCAGUUUCCCCAGACACAGGCCCAUGCGGGUCAUUGUGGCAGUCGUACUGGCUUUCCUGCUCUGCUGGGCUCCUUUCCACGUGGCCGUCGGGUUAGACACUGUUCUACGGUCCGGCCUGGUGGAGUACAGCUGUGACACACGCACCGCGGUAAACGUGGUCAUGUUUUUCACAGAGAACUUGGGUCUGCUGCACUGCUGUGUUAAUCCUGUGCUUUAUGCUUUUGUUGUGAAAAAAUACAGGAGGAGCUUUACGCAGCUACUGCAAAGGAGCGGUUUGUUGAGGUGUUGCACAGAGACACAGGGUAACACAUCCCCUUCACAGACAUCAGAUAUCACCUCCUCAGCUGUGUGA